AUGGCAGUACAACAUAUCACAGAGAAUGCUAGAACAAUGAAUAAAGCUGGAAAGUUGGAAAACAUCAAGGAGGAAAUGAACAGAUUGCACAUCAAUAUCAUGGGCAUAUCUGAGAUGAGAUGGACAGGAGCUGGAGCUAUAUCAUCAGAAAACCAUAAGAUCAUAUACUCAGGAGGCGAACAGCACGAACGAGGAGUUGGCAUCAUCGCAGACUCGAAAACAUCUAAGGCUUUACUAGGAUACUGGGCCGUUUCUGACCGCAUUCUGUUGGCAAGGUUUAAGGGGAGUCCUAUGGACAUCAGCAUAAUUCAAGCAUAUGCACCCACUACUAAGAGCAGUGACGAAGACAAAGACAAAUGCCCAGAUAUCAUCAUUGUUAUGGGGGAUUUCAAUGCUAAAGUUGGUAACGAGAGGGUAGACAACAUCGUGGGUCCUCAUGGACUAGGAAGCCGUAAUGAGAGAGGGGAGAUGCUGGUGGAAUGGCCGCAAACGAACAACAUGAUAAUUGGAAACACCUGGUUUAAGCAACCACCAAGAAGACUGUGGACAUGGUUGAGACCAGAUGACCACACCCGGAAUCAGAUUGAUUACAUUCUUGUUAAUAAACGCUUUCGUAACUCUCUUUUGGCAUCCAAAACGUUACCAGGAGCAGACUGUUACAGCGAUCAUGUUCCAGUGAUGGACCGAUUUAGGGCCAAGAUGAGAACACUAAAGAAACCUACCCUAAGGGAACAACUAGAUGUAUCAUUACUCCAGAAAGAUAACACUAUAAAGGAGAAGUACGCUGUAGAGGUAAAGAACAGGUUCAGUGCUUUAGAGGAUCUUGAUUCCAUCGAGGAUCAUUGGAAGGGCUUGAAGGUUUCGAUCAUGGAUGCAGCAAACGGUGUGCUACAAAGGAUUACCAUCAAAUGCAAUGAAGCAAAAGAAACUUGGCUUACUGAAAAAUACAAAGAGGUUAAGAAACAUCAUAACUCUGAUUCAAGAGCCAUGCAUAAAAAGAUCCGUGAAAUUACCAACAAGAAGAUACAAUCAUCAUCAGGAUGUCUUAAAUCAAAGACGGGGGGCAUCAUAAUGGAACGUGACAAGAUUCUGGAGAGGUGGUCAGAUUACUUGAUUGAACUCUUUGAUGAUGAAAGGAACAUGGAACGUAUUGUCGACUUAGAAAUGAGUGGUCCACCCAUCAUGGAAGAUGAAGUAAGGCAUGCUGUAAGAAAAAUGAAAAAAAGGUAA